UCAUGUAUUUGAACGCAAUUACCCCUUAUUAUCUCAUUCCACCUGAGGAAUGAGAUAAGAAUUGAAUCAUGAAUUGUGGACCAAAUGAAUUGAAAUCAUGAAUUCUUUAAUUCAGUUCCAAAACAUAUCAAUUCAACCACACUCACAUAACGCCACCUUAUCAUUUUCAGCCCGCUAAUAUAGCAAAGGAAAAAUACAAAUCCAUCAUUCCCACAACCGAAAUGAUACUUCUACUCUCAAUAAUAGUUCCCAUAAUAGUGAUAUACCUUCUCCACAAAUGCAAAACCUCACCACAAAACGACGUCGUUCGACUCCCACCCGGCCCUCCCGGCCUGCCGUUGAUCGGAAACCUCCUCCAAAUCGGCUCCGCCGCCGACCUACCCUUCUACCUAUGGCAACUCUCAAAGAAAUACGGCCCCAUCAUGCAGAUGAGAAUAGGCUGCGUGCCUAUGCUCAUAAUCUCUUCCCCAAAACUAGCCCAAGAAGUGAUGAAAACACAAGAUUUAGCCUUUUGCAACCGCACAAAAUUUCUAGGGCAGAAGAAAUUGAGCUACAACUGUACGGACAUGACGUUCUCGCCCUACGGCGAGUACUGGAGGGAGGUGAGGAAGAUCACAGCCGUCCAUCUCUUCAGCUUGAAAAAAAAGCAAUCCUUCCGCCCCAUACGAGAGGACGAGGUCUCUCGUAUGGUGGCAAAGAUUCGGAGCUUAUCCAGCUCCGAAUCCCAAGAGCCACGGCCCGUGGAUCUGAGCCACGUGGCAAUGACUCUUGGCAGAAGUUUGAUAAGCAGGUUCGCUUUUGGCAAGAGAUACGACGGCGGUGGGCCCGAGGCUAGAAUGUUCGAGAAGCUUCUGCACGACGCUGAGGCAGCACUGAUGCAGUUUUACGUGUCGGAUUAUUUUCCGUCGCUGAUGUGGGUGGAUAGGCUGUCGGGAGCCGUUGAUCGCGUCGAUAGAAUUUUCGACGCUCUGGAUUCGUUCUACCAGAAGCUCAUCGACGAGCAUCUCGACCCGAGGAGGGCGAAGGAGGAGAAGGAGGAAGAGGAGGAUAUUUUGGAUGUAUUGAUCAAGAUUAAAGAAGAGAAACUAAGCUCGAUCGAUUUCGACUGGGAUCGCGUUAAAGCACUUUUAGCGGAUAUAUUUAUUGCCGGAACGGAUACAAGUGCAGCAUCAAUUGUUUGGACCAUGACAGCCUUGAUCAAGGCACCAAAAGUAAUGCAGAAGGUACAAGCCGAGAUCCGAAAUUUGGUGGGCAAGAAAGGUGAAGUAGAUGAAGAUGAUUUUGCCAAUCUUCCCUAUCUAAAAGCAGUCAUAAAGGAGACAUUUAGAUUGUACCCUCCAGCUCCACUGCUUGUACCUAGACAAACAAUCGAAAAAUGCACACUUGAGGGCUACGAAAUUCAACCGAAAACGGUGGUUUAUGUAAACGCGUGGGCGAUUGCAAGAGAUGCCGAGUAUUGGAAAAAUCCAGAUGAGUUCGUGCCCGAGAGGUUCUUGAAUAGCACUAUUGAUUUUAAAGGGCAAGAUUUCGAGCUCAUUCCCUUUGGGUCGGGACGAAGAGUAUGCCCCGGAAUGCUUAUGGGACUAUCAAAUGUGGAGCUAACAGUUGCGAAUCUUCUCUACUCUUUUGAUUGGGAACUGCCCGCAGGAAUUCGGUCAGAAGAUAUCGAUACUGAUCCUCUGCCUGGAAUCACGAUGCAUAAGAAAAAUCCAUUGCUCCUUGUAGCAAAAAAAUAUGAUGUUUAGGAAAAUAUAUAUACGUAAUUCCACUUAUUUAUAAAUAAAUGUAUAUAGAGUUCAAAAUAUUGGAGCAACGUAGGUUUUGGAAGAAGUUA